AAAUGCACCGCAAAAACUUCUUAUUCACAAGUUCACACAUGUAGAGAACAAAAGUUUCACUAUCACAAAACAAACCUCGAAGAACUCUCUCUCUCUAUAUAUUUUUUUAAAUUGCAAAACAACCCCUCAACACACUCUUCUAGAUCCCUCUCUUCUAUCUGCAGUUUUCAUUAUUCUCUUUUUUUUAUACAUUCAUUCAUUUAUUCAUUCAUUCUUCACUUCACCAAUAACUUUACAACUACAAUGAGUAUCAAAUAACAACACACGAAAAACUAUACCCAAUUUUUUUCUCCAUUAAAUUUUUUAUUGUUUUUAAUCAUUUAUCUCUAUCUUUCUCACACACAAAUCUGAAAAGAAAAAAAAAAACAAUGAUUCACCUUUCAAUUCAAUCUCAUAACAACCCAUUUAUAACAAACAUCCCAAACUUUCACAAACACAUAAAAACACAAUCUUUGAAAACAACAAUAACAUGUUCUCACAAAAACAAUCCUAGAAGAAACUUUAUAGAAAAACAACAACCUACAUUCAUGGUUGAAACUGAAACUGACAUACAUCACCACCAAUUUGUUGUGAAAGACAAGAAGAAGAAAAAGAAGGAAGAUGAAAAGGAAAAGAUAGUUUUUUAUGAGAAAGAGAAGAAGAAAAAGGGUCUUCAAAUUGGAACAAAACAAAUGCUUAUAUUGUGUGGAUUUGGUUAUUGGUUACAAGGGUUUAGGUGUUUUCCUUGGCUUGGUUUGAAUUUUCAUAUGGCUAGUAAUCUAAAUUUGCAUCCUUCAAUGUUGCAACUUGUUCAGUAUUCUGCUAAUCUUCCUAUGGUGGCUAAACCACUUUAUGGAAUUCUUUCUGAUGUUAUUUAUGUUGGUGGUGCUCACAGAAUCCCUUACAUUAUCACAGGAGUUCUUUUGCAGAUCUUUGCUUGGAAUCGUCUCGCAUUUGUCCCUGCUGCACGCGAAGUGCUUACUGGUUUAGUUGGAACCGUGCUUCUCAGUAACUUGGGAGCAUCCAUUACAGAAGUAGCAAAGGAUGCUCUUGUAGCCGAGUACGGAAAGAAACACAAAAUCGAAGGCCUACAAUCAUACGCGUUCAUGGCAUUAGCGGCAGGUGGAAUCUUUGGCAACUUGAUCGGCGGCUAUUUUUUACAGAAAAUGCCUCCUAGAAUCAUGUUUGUUAUAUUUUCAGCUUUACUAUCUCUACAACUAGCAAUUUCUUUCUCAACAAGAGAGGAUUCUUUAGGCAUACCGCAACCAUCAUGUGAAAAUCUUGCAACAAAAUCCGUCUCAGAAAAUAUCAGACAACAAGUGUCUGAUCUUAUCGUGGCGAUCAGCGACAAAAGUAUUUUUCACCCCCUUUUAUGGAUUGUUGGAUCAAUUACUAUGGUUCCGAUGCUUACAGGCUCGAUAUUUUGCUAUCAGACACAAUGUCUAAAUCUUGAUCCUAUGAUCAUUGGUUGGUCUCGAGUGAUUGGUCAGAUGAUGCUUCUUUCAGGAACGGUGCUUUAUAACCGAUAUUGGAAAAAGUUUCCAAUGAGAAAGAUGAUAGGCGCAGUGCAGAUUCUAUACGCUUCGUCGCUACUUCUCGAUCUCAUUUUGGUUAGACAGAUAAAUCUUAAAUUCGGAAUUCCAAAUGAGGUGUUUGCUCUUUGCUUUUCGGGUGUAGCAGAAAUUCUAGCACAGUUCAAAAUCCUUCCAUUCGCAGUUCUAUUUGCAACUUUAUGUCCAAAGGGUUGUGAAGGAUCUCUCACCUCUUUCCUUGCAUCAGCUUUGUGCUUAUCAUCUAUAGCUAGUGGCUUUCUUGGCGUUGGAUUGGCCUCUUUGCUCGGUAUUACAUCCGGAAUUCUCACACAAUUUGUCGCAGCUUUAAUACCUUUAGUAUGGAUUAGUUCGGUACCAAUGUCACAGCCUGAUUCAGAGAAGCAGAGGCGAAAAAGUAUGAGCAGAAGAGCGCGUAGAAACAGAAGAGUUGGAAAAGUUGUGAUUAGUUCGAUUAACGCCUAUAGGCGCGAAAGGGAAUGGGAAUCACAAAGGUAAACAUAAUGAUCAAUUCUUAGUUCUUACUUUUGUAGCUGUAAUGAUCAUGCAAGGAUGAUUUGGUACUUAACAUCGCUCGAAAAUGAUUCCUUACGUUGUCGUUAGCUCACACGAAUCGAAUUCUAAUUCAAAGCUUAGGAUUUUCUUUGCUCCAUGUUUGGAUUCUUAACUUGGGGGCCAAACACCUUUUGAAUUUUUCAAUGGUGGUUUAUGAGAAUGUAUAUUUUCUUAGUCAGUUAUUUUGUUUUUCUUACAUUCUUCAUCUUGAUGCUUCCAUUUGAUAUGUAUGUAGUUUCCAUUGGUUCCUUGUUUUUAUGUCUAUAAUAUCAACAAUAACCAUUUGAUUAUAAGUUUAUACACCAUUUGAUUAAA